AUGAGAGUGGUGACGAGACUUGUGGGACUGGCAGUGGCUUUCACGGUCCUCCUCCAUUACUAUUGUUCGGUUAGGGAAUGUUCCAAUGAUCUGAUUCAACUCUGCCAUUAUACUUCUCCAAAAACGUGGCAUUAUCAGCUACUGGAACAGAGUGAUAUCUACAGGAAUACUCUGUGCCCAGCAGUGACUUCGGUACAUAGCGAAUAUGCUCAUCGUAUCAAACCGCCGUUGUUGAGAUUGGGAGAAGAUCUAGAACGCAAGGUUUACACUCCAUUGGUGGUGUGUGUCAAGGAGCAGUACUCCAAUUUCGAUUCUGAGCCGUAUGUAGAGUGGGUAUACAGGCGUUUGAAUGCUGUGACCCGAAAGAUACGGUUCUACUACAACGUUUUCGUCAAACCAAGAAUUAUGAAGCUGCUGUACCAGCUCAAGUUGGACGAGUACUGCUACAGGAUCCACAAUAGGAUUGGUCCAUUUCUGGAAAAGGCUAGGUUUAUUCUGCACUGUUUGAGGCCGUACACCGAGAAGGCUAAAGUUUCGAUGGAACAGGGAUACCGGGGGCUUAGAAAAGUAUACUACCAGUCCUCGCAUUGGAUAGGCGAUGGUUUGAUAAGUGUAAGGAAUUCUGCAGAGCGUGAACUCGUCAGCACUAGCGAAAGUGAAUUGGAGACCGAUACCGAAUCUGAGUCAGAAACAGAAAACGAAGAAGAAGAAUCUGACGAAGGUGAGGACUAUGAUGACGUUGAAACUGAAACUUUAACAUCUACCGUUGUGGUUACAAUGACUUUGGAUGACACGAAUGGUGUGGUGGCAUCGGGUACAGCAAAGACAGAGACUAAUAACAUAGAAGUGUCAGAGCAGGAGAUGCUGCAAGAAGAGAUCAAUGCCUGGUAUAGUUUGAUCGAUAGACAGUCUCGAAGCUUGAUUAAGACCUUCAACGAUGACGCUGACAAAUUUGUUGACGAAAGAAUCGAAGUAUUAGCACCAGAGCUGAGAAAUAAGACACAAGUACUAUCGAAAAAAUCUCAAACCGAGUUUCAGAAAAUCACAAGGGCUAUUCAAGAUAUCAACUGUACUACAUCAAUCUAUCCUAAAACUGGCGAAAUCAUCUACUUUGAUCGGUCUGGAACCACAAAACUAUCUCAAUACAUAACCAGGCCUUUGAUGCGUCAAAUGUUCAACGAAACUAAAACUGAACUAGAGGCAAUGGUGUUGGAAAUCCAAAGUGAUUUGAAAAAUCUGACCGAUGAAGUUGAAAAGAAAGUUAAAGUUAUACGUGAAGACAUCUUGGAAGUAUAUGAAGAGUGGGGCGACGUAAUGAUCAGCGAAUGGUCCAAGAGACUAGCUUACAUCGAUGUUAUCGCCGGUCAUUUGGAAAACAGUGAAAAGAGUUCUACCACUUCAUCAGAUAACUGGAAAAAAUUCUUGAAACUCAAGAAGCAAGUCAUCAGUCAAAGAGAUGAGCUUGCCAGUAAGCCAGCGGAGCUGAAGGUAAUGAAAGAAUUCGUCAACAAGGUGGAAUACAUUCUCAGUAUCAUUACGAAGGAGUCCGGUGAAUACACUUAUAUUUUGAGAUCAAGAGCUAAUUUAGCCUUCCAGGAGCGUGAAAAACAAGAACGCGAGAAUUUCAGAUUGGAGCAGUUAGCUCAACAGAACGCCGAGGAAGCUCGCGAAGCCCUAGCUCAAGAACAAGGUCAAGAACAAGGUCAAGACCAAGAACAAGGCCAAGGUCAAGUUCGAGCUCAAAUUCAAGAUCAUGCUGGCCAAGCGCCUCUCAUAGAGGAGUUUAAGGAAUCUCAUGCAUGA